AUGCAUUUCGGCCAUGCAUUUGCCUCGUGUCCUUCUACGAGAUUGGAAGGACAUCUCUACGAUCGUCGUCAUCGGGCCAAGUUGGGAUUUCGCUUACUUUGGGCUGCUUCCAGCGUAGAGGCGUCGACGAAGCGCGGGCCGUUACGUCAAUCGUAUAUUGCAUUGCUUAUUCAAUACACAACACCCGGCCAAUUCUGCACCUUCACCAGCCUACGCUUCUCGACGAUGAUGAACGCCCGCGAAAGCCGCCCCCGUUCCGAAACCUCAAGCCAGGCAGAUACGGCACGUACACUUCCUGAAGCAGAUUCGAAUGCCGAAGCUGUUGCGGCGGACGCUGUGUCGGAAAGCGACAUAAUCAUUGCCGUUAUGGGUCCGACUGGCUCCGGAAAGACGACUUUUAUUAACAUUGCUACUGACUACGACAGCCCUGUCGGCCACGGUCUGCAAUCAUGCACAAGUGAUAUCAACGUCGUUAAAUUAUCUUUCCCGGAGCUGAUUAGCGCCGACAUCUACUUUGUGGACACGCCCGGCUUCGAUGCCACCAACAAGUCAGACCUCGAGGUUCUCGGCCAGAUAUCAGACUGGUUAAAUAACACGUAUCAGAAGAACAUCAGAUUGAGCGGCCUCCUUUAUUUUCAUCGCAUCUCCGACAAUGCCCUGGGUGGGACCUUCACGAAGAAUUUCAAGAUGUUCGACAAAUUAGUUGGAAACCACUUCAAGAACAUCGUUCUCACAACGACCAUGUGGGACGACGUUGACGAGGUCACAGGCGCCGAACGAGAGAAAACCCUCAAGGACGAAUUCUGGAAAUCCCUGAUCGAUCGUGGUUCUCGCACUGCCCGUUUUCUACAGACAAAGGAGUCUGCCUUCGAGGUCAUCGCGCCAAUCCUUGCCGAGGUCAGCAAGCGCGAAACGCUCCUUCUCCAAAAGGAGAUCACCGACCUUGGGUUUGUCUUACGCGAGACCUCUGCUGGAAGGGAGCUUUGUAGCCGUCUAGGUCACCUUGUCCAGAAGCGACAGAAGGAACUUGAUCAGCUUUUAGUGGAGUCCAACAAAGGAACGGUCGAUGGAGACAAGAUGGCUCGCUUGAAGAAUGAAUACAAGGACACCAUGUCGAAGCUGAAGGUCCUUUCCAGUGAUAUGAAGGCGAUGAAGAUACCUAUGGGAGAGCGAUUGACGAGGGCUCUGACUUCGGGUAUUCGGCUACUGAAACAGUGUCCGGAGGGUGCUUAUCACGCAAGACCCCUGAAGAAGUUGACAGAAGCUUCGAAGACCGAUAUCGUCAUCUUCGUUAUGGGGUUAACGAGAUGUGGCAAAAGCAUGUUUAUCCGUAGGGCAAGUGGAUAUCCAUUAGAAACUGGGAGUGAAAGCCGUUUGGAUCCUGUAACGAAAUCAGUGAAGAUGAUCAAGUUCGACGCUCCAUUGCCCAACCUAGGGUCGGACAUGUCCAUCGUCCUGGUAGAGGUCCCAGGUUUUGACUCGCCUGACAAAGGCCCCUCUGAUGGCGAAUUGAUCAAAAGCAUUGGCAACAUGAUGAAGGAAGCUGGGCAAAGAGGUAUCACCGUGCAAGGCGUAAUAUGGAUCCACGACAUAACGAACAACCACGCUUACAAAGGAUUCAGAACCCUCAUCGACCUUUACAAGAUUCACCUUUUCAACGUCUUAUUGGUGACGACCAGAUGGGGGGCGAGCGGCACCACGUCAGAAAGCGAAAACAACGAAAAGGCGCUCAUUGAACCGAGGUGGCUGAAUGGCACCACCUCUACAGCUGGAAGCCCUUUGGGCAAAGAGGGAGAUGAUGUGAUCGGCGAUGCCACUACUUGGAAGAGAAUUGUCCAAGGGGGUACGAACAUUUCCCGGUUUGAUAUGACGCGUGCUUCCGCUUUGAGUGUCUUGGAGAGGUUUAUGGCACCGAAUAAGUAG